AUGGCGAUAUCAAGUAUUCCGAAUUCAAAGUUUUUUUAUUAUUACCCAAGUGGUACUGAUGAAUUUAGGAAAGUAUUUUUCAGUACAGUUGUUAAAAUAAGAGAAUUAUUAUUUUCAGAUGAAAAGUUAAACGAGAUUAAAAGUGUGAAACAAAAACGAACAAUCGUUCAAAAAAAAAUAAUAGCACCACAAGUAACAUCAACCAUUUCUUCUUCAAUGAAUAGAAAAUUAAAAUUAGCUUCUAGAAAUGAAGAUGAAUUGGUUAUUUUAUUAAAAGCAAUUGUUUUAGGAGAUGAAAGUGUAUCAAAUUCAUGUCAUCGUAUUACUCAACAUAUUCUUGGAUUACCAGAAGCUAUUGGAGAUGAUAUUUAUGAAUAUGUUUGGAUAAUUCUUUUUUAUUUGAAAAAUGAAGAAAAAGAAAAGAAAUAA